AUGAAUACUUCUGGCAACACAUCUUCGCUGAACGAAAGUGCCGAAUCCAGUUUUCUCAGCAGUAGCAGUGACCCGAAAAAUUCAUCGAAAAUGUCUCCCAGUAACAAAUACAAGAGCUCAGCCUCCGUGCGAGUGUUGUACAUACAAAUGGAGUAUUGUGGAGGAGGAACGCUGAGGAAAUACAUCGAUAAUGCGUGUUUGUAUGGCAAACCUAAUAUAUUGUGGAAACUUUUUGCUGAAAUUCUCUGCGGGUUAGGCUACCUACAUCGCCAAGGCAUGAUCCAUCGAGAUAUCAAGCCGACUAACAUUAUGCUCGAUGAUGAGGGACACGUAAAAAUAGGAGAUUUUGGCCUUGCAACCAAAGGGUUGCUAUCGCUAACAUCAGAAACCCCAGGCGCAGGUGCAUUUGCUUCAGGCUCCGAACAAGCGCUGACAAAGGACAUCGGUACGGAAUUGUACAUGGCGCCGGAGCUGAACAACUUAGAGGAUCCUGAACCAUACACAUCGAAAAUAGACGUGUACAGGUAUAUUCGACAUGUAUAUCAGGUUGGAGCAAAAGUUUUUUUGGUGAUUCGUGUAAAGAUUGAUAAUAAAGUCAAACCUAUAUGUAUGGUUUUGUCUUUCUGUGAUAGAAAAUUUGCGCUUUGGGAAAGUGAUUCAGUCGCAACCCCAUGUUGGCUAGAAUUGGAGCACCAAGCUUUCAAGCGUUGACA